CGCGCCGUAGGUCGUGCCGCACGCCGGGCGGCUGCAAUGCCGGACGUAUCGGAGAGGACGCUACAGGUGUCGGUGCUGCUGGCCUUCGCCUCCGGAGUGCUGGUGGGCUGGCAGGCGAACCGGCUGCGGAGGCGCUACCUGGACUGGAGGAAGCGGAGGCUGCAGGACAAGCUGGCGAUGACUCAGAAGAAGCUGGACCUGGCGUAAGCCCCAGCACCGCGGCCCCCGCGCGGCCACCUCGCUCCGCGGCGCGGGGGCUCGGGUGCAGGCGGCCUGAGUCAGGCUCAUCUCACUCCACCCGCCGCGCCCGGCUCCUCUUGGAGUGUCGCAUGUUGAAGAUGGAUGGACAGCACUGGACAGAAAUAAUUUCUCCUCGCACUUUAUGAAUCAAUUUUAUUUUUAAAAUAAAAAUAUAAACAUCUCUGAACCUUUUAUCAAAAGGAAAAGGA